UUCUUUCCAACUAAGUGCAUGUGCUACCUACGCUAUAGGUAUUUAUUAAACAUUGGUAAUUCUGAUGUCUGCAUUGUCGUAUAUUAGCGAAUACGGAUCCAAUUCAGAGGAUAGCGAUUGUGAGAUAUAUUCAGCUUCAGCAGUAAAAAAGAUUAAAUUACAUGUACCAGAUUUGAGUAAUAUUGCUGUUGUGCCUAAAGAGAAUAUCAAGGACAAUCCUGCAGUACACGGUGGUCGAAAACGUUCAUUUCCACAUGAAAGAGGAAAUUGGGCUUCGUUUAUUUAUGUAAAAUAUCCUGAUGAGGAAUUUCUACACAAUUGGAUAGAGAAAUUAAGAGAGGAAGUGUCUUGUGUUGAAGCAACAUGUGAACAAUGUGACAAUAUUCACAUAAGUUUAUCUAAAACUUUUAUACUGAAAUACCACUUAAUUAAUCCAUUUACCUCAUCUCUGCAAGAAGUUCUGGGUAGUAUAGAGUGUUUUGAGCUGAGCUUUGGUGCCAUUAAAGUAUAUUGCAACGAAGAGAAUACAAGAACAUUCAUAUCACUGGAAGUGGAUUAUUCUAGUAACAAGUACCUAUCAAAUAUUUCCAACAAAAUUGAUCAAGUUUUAGAAGAAUACAAGUUACCAAAAUUUUAUGAUGAUCCCUCAUUCCAUGUGAGCUUAUUGUGGUUCCACGGUAAUAAGAAAAGAGAACUUAAGGAUAUUCUGGAGAAAUUAAAUAACACUGUACAACAAGAUCUACAUCAACAUAAUAAGACUGGUUUCAUUGACAAACUUAACUGUAAAAUUGGUAACAAAUAUUUCCAGUAUUCAUUGCAACCAUAAAAGAAUGGAUAGCAAAAUUGUAAAAGUUUAUAUUAAUCCAAAUUUUAACAGAGAAACAUUGGGCAGCAGCAAGCAUUCAACAAUAAACGCAAACUCAAAUGCAAACUAUUCAAGCCCACAUAAGAAAAUUUACAUAAACCCAAAUUUUAUUCCAUCAAUCUCUCAACCAGUUCAAAACCUGGAUCAAUUCUCAUCGAAACCUAUUGAGAAAAUUGUACCGGUUACAAAUUCUUUGUCAUCAAAUACAAUUGUACGACAUGCCAUUCCACCAAUGAAUAAUCUACCACCAGUGGCAACAAAAUCACGCUACAGUCUUGUAAGGCGCAAUGAAGACAAAGCACUAGAGAUAAAACCAGAAAAGAAAGAGUCACUAACAGUAAAAGUAAACAAAUAUAAGUCUGUAAGAAUCAUAGAUGUUAAAUCUAGCCUAGACAGGGAGAAACAGCCACCAAAGCAAUUGAAUAAUGCAGAUUAUACACAUAUGUAUGAUCAGAAGGCCAUAAAGAUUAAUAUAAAUAAUCCUUAUAAUCAAAAGGUUUUUAAAACACAAUAUACAUAUGUAAAAAGCAAAGGUACUAUUAUGUAUACUCCUCAUAGACUACUAACACAAUAUUCUUAUAUAAAAAACAAAGAUAUGGCUAAGAAGUUGCACACUAACAAGCAAACACCAUCAAAUAUGAGUAUGCCAAUAAGGAAUACUUCAAGUUCAAAAAUCCGCAAACUUAAAGUAAAAUGUAAUAUCCCUUGUAGAUUAUUUAGAAAAUAUGGAAAAUGUUUAAGAAAUGUGAAAGGGCAUUGCAAAUAUCUACAUGACAAAAAACAUGUUUCUAUAUGUAGAAAAUUCUUAAAAGGUGUUUGUCACGAUAAAGAUUGUCUUCUUUCUCACGAACUAAGUGACAAGAAAAUGCCUACCUGUUUCUUCUAUUUACAAGGUAUGUGUACUAAAGAUAAAUGCCCAUAUUUGCAUGUCAAAGUAAAUGAAAAAGCAAUAGUGUGUCCUGAUUUCAAAAAAGGUUAUUGCGAAAAGGGCAAUAAAUGUUUAUAUCGUCAUGUCGAAACUAAAAAACGAGGUGGCAUAAAAAUAUUAGUAAAUCCAAAAACGAAAUCUACUUACCAACUUAAGAUUUUCUCAGACAAGUCAAAGACUCAAAAUAUUUCAGAACAUAAAUGUGUACCAUCUGUGGGUGAAGAUCAAACUACAAUCUCAGAUUGUCGUUAUUACAAAGAAGUAAUAGUAGAGGACAAAACAAAUGAAUUACAGCAAGUUAUAAAACCUACUAGGUGUAAAUUAGGCACAUUGCCCUCUUUUAUAAAAUUUUAGUGGGUAAAUUGAAUUUUUUUAAUGUGUAAAUAAAAACUUAUUACUUAGUCUAGUUAAUGACCGCGGCAUCGCCUGCGACAGUUCAAAAGAAAUUUCUGAAAAUCCAAUGAAUGCAUUACUAUUUCUUACUAACCACAUUCUCGAAUCAAGAAUUUAAUAUAUCUCACUCUAAAGGCCGAUUUACAUUUUUGUUUUGUAAUUUUGUUAAAUAACUGAUGAACCCGUUGCAUAGAUAAAAAAAAUAGCCGUGGUGGCUCUGCCGCAGAGCACAUGUUUUUUUUAUAUACAACAGAAUACAACCUCGAUAAAAAGCUUUUUGACGGAUAUUGGAUUUAUCAUCCAACAGACCCUUGUUUCUAAGGCAACCUCUAACGACACCAAUGGACUUUUAAUAAGAUAUGUGAAAUUUGUGGAAAAUAAAAAUAAUACGAUUAAGAAUUCAAUCAGUUCAAAGUAUGAUUUAUGUCUCUGAUAGACUGAAGAACGAUCAUGAUCCGCUAGGAAUCUUGAAUUCAUGUACUAGUUUUACACUAGUUUUAUUACCCGUCCAAGUUUAAUGAUGCGUGCGUUUCCGCACGUUAGCCUAGCUAUGGCCUCUUCAUUCCAGCAGUACUUAAUGAUCCUUUGUUAAAUGAAACCACUGCUUUUAUUCAAUACUUUAUAGAUAACAAAAUUAAACAUCAGUCAACUGAUACUUGAUAUAAAAAACACUUGUGAACAUUAUUUGCUGAGUUGAGAGUGUAAUCAACUAAAUUUGUAAUUAGAUUGAUAAAAAUCAGAUUGCAAGUAAUUAUGAUUACAUUGACAAUGAUUACCAUCAAUCAUGAUUAUUUUUCAUAAGCGUUUUUCUUUACCGGUUACGGGGCAGAGAGAGCCAAGAAUUGCGAGACUGAGAUAAACACUUGGCAUACUCAUACUUGUCUCGCUGCCUUGUAAGCGACCAAGACCUAAACCAAGACAUCCGAAACGCGCGACUCUUAAGUAAGCGAAAAGACGCGAUAUAUUGACCACCCAACCAAACCGAUCGUCUGCAAGUGAAUAAUAAUCAUGUAAUCAUUGAAAAAUGUAAGUACCUACAUUAAUCAUGAUUUCUUUUUUGCACGAUUAUUCUCUGUAAUCUGUAGUCAUGAUUGACGACAAAGAAAUCAUAUCAAUCAUCAAUAUCAAUUUGCGUUGAUUUACGUUUUGACUAUCAUCUAUUAUUUGAACCAUUUUGGAACUUUACUUUUUGAUGUUGCUUCAUUUGUUGUUUUCUUCUUGUAAGCUGACGUGUCUGUUGAAUGUCUACUGGGAGCUCUGAAAAACAAAUAAAUACUUUUCAUCCAA